CCCAGUCAUUGGUCGAUGCAGCAGUUCGCCCUUCCCAUUGCUAUGCUAAAGUCCCUCACUGACUGCUCGGUUAAGAAAAAAGAAUUAGGUUGAGCUGAAAAGUCUGCAGCAGGACAGACCAUGGCCUCCCCCGUCUCCUCCUCUUCACCUCCUCACCCUUUCUGGCCCCGAGACCUUCUCAUCCCAUCUUACAUUGAAAAUGACCGCUCCAUGUCAGAAAUCCUGGUUUUCCUCUUUUCUGUGUCCGGCCUCUUUCUCAUUGUCACUUGGCUGAUCACAGGAUGUAACAGAGCGCUGGGAACAUGGCGGCGUCUGGCCGUGUGCUGGUUUGCUGUCUGUGGCUUCAUUCACUGUGUCAUUGAGGGCUGGUUCUCACUUUACUACGAUGUCAUUCCCGGAGAUCAGAGCUUCUUGUCGCAGCUUUGGAAAGAAUAUGCCAAAGGAGACAGCCGAUAUGUGAUAGCCGACGCUUUUACCACCUGCAUGGAGUCCAUCACAGCUUUGUUCUGGGGCCCACUCAGCUUCUGGACAGUUUACGCCUUUUUAAGAAACCGAUCUUACAGAUUUGUUCUGCAGCUGGUCAUCUCAGUUGGUCAACUGUAUGGAGUCUUGCUCUACUUCUGGAUUGAGCACAGAGACGGUUACAUACACAGCGAAUAUGGACACCCGCUCUAUUUCUACUUCUAUUUUGUGUUCAUGAACAUGCUGUGGGUCAUCAUUCCGGCGCUGCUCGUUGUAGAUGGUUGCUCCCACAUCUCGAUGGCACAGGCGCAUGUGGACAAUGCAGCAAAAGUGACACAAAAGUCCAAGAGGAACUGAAGACACCCGGGAGAAAUGAAAGUCCAUACUGUGUUUGUUUUUUUUAGCCCUAGGAAUUAAAUUUUACAAUUACUGAAAAUCUGUGAAAGUGCUUUCAUUUUAUCAUAUAGAUGAUUUAGGUCCAAGUAUAAGGUAGUUUGUUAAGGAAUAUACAUAUAUAGUAAGUUAUUAUACCUGCCGAAGAGGAAAGUAACAUCGAUUAGCACUAAAUUAUACUAGAAGGAAAAAAGAAGCAUAUGUGUCUUUGUAUCAGUGUGAAUGUCUGUUUGCUUAAUUUUUUUUAAAUCUUACCUGA